ACUAUACUCAUCUUCUCAGUGCGUGAGAUUCCGACCAAACGGCUGGACAAAGUCUCUAGACGCUGGAGCCCCUCUAACAGAUACGAAGAUCAAGUGAAAAACGGAACUGGAACCAAAAACAAAAAACAAAGACAACAACUCCAACUGUGCAGAUUUAGCGAACGAAUAAUUGCUCCACACGAACUCUUGAAGCAAGCUGCCCCAGGCACGUGUAGCAGCGCAAAGGGGUCGGGUGUGAUUUGUGGGUUUGCUGAGUCAGCAUCGAAUCGCGAUCAAGUUGAUCGAUCGAUCGACCUGUGUGAUACACCUUCCCCAAACGAUUCCCAACUUCUUCACCAUCUCGCGUAUGAUCUCUCGCUCUCUCGCAUUCUUUAGGGUCUGCAUCUCUCGCACUGGAACCGUUUGGAAGGCUUAAAGACUGGUACGAUCUGGUCGCGAUCAAUCAUUGACUCGCGAACCUGCCUACUGGACUGUGGUGUUUUUUCCUCGUCGCUAGACUGUUUUGCCGAUUGUCUGCGAUUGCCGUGAAAGCAGUGGCAGUGGUGUGCUAGUGUCAAGUUUACCGUGACGUGACGUUUUGAGAAGUCGCAUCCGCCAGCAGUGAGUGAUUUGAGGAAUUUUUUAACUGUGUCCAAAGUUUAGUGCCUAAAAUCGCCAACACGAUGAAGUGGAUGAUUCUGAGCUGUUUGGUCAUCAUCACCAUGAUGAUGGAUGCUGGCGAUGCACUGCCUGAUAAGUAUAAGGACUACCCGAAAAAGGGAGGAUACGUACCGGUUUAUGUACGCUAUCCUAAUCAACCGCUUGGUUCGAUCAGUCCCGAACUGGCUGCUGCCUUCCAGGAAAGCUCGGGACGAAGCUCCAGGGGAAAGUUAAUACAGGAACUGAACCGCCCGGUACGCUUCUCGUCCGAAUCGAGCAGCGACGAAGAGCUGCGUAAUGACAUCACCGCAAAGCCAAGGGUGGACUCGAUCAGUAGCGAAAGCAACUCACACUCGAACGAAUCAAUCUCGAACGAGAAGGAAGCAAAGGCAGCAAUCAAGCAGCUGCUGAAGGAGAUGAGCAAGAUCAGCAAGGCUGCCGCCGCAAAGACGAAGAAGGCUUAAAGCCUUGCAUCGUACACUAUCAAACUACUUCUACUGCCGAUUAUUUAAAGCAAAAGAAUAUUUUCACAUAACAAACAAUGACACUAUCCCAACGAGAGAAUUUAGGAGACGAUACUCAAGGUGUAAAACAAACACUGCCAUUAUAUUUAGACCAGAUACAACACUUUCCUCUUGCAGCAGUAUGCGUUUAGUUUAGUGAAGAUCAAGUGGCUUCAUGAUACAGUAAUAAAAAUGAUCCAAUCUUAUUCGGAAA